ACGGCUACAUCUCCUCUCGUUUAAUGCGUCUCUCUGGAGCCUCCCCAGUAGAUGAAGAAGACGGCCUCCCCCUCAUCAUUGCAGCAACGCACCUGGACGGCCUAGUCCUCGCUCUCACACCAAACCAUCACAGUGACAGAUGCUGAUGAGAAGCUCUGGGCCAUGGAGAAGAUCACCAAUAAUGUUGUGGAUGAUCGUUGGGCAAACACUCGUAUCCCGCCUACGAAGAUGGAGAUGACUAGUACUCAAAUUAUUAAAGUGAGGGUUGUGGAUGCGUCGGCGAAGGUGAGGGCUGGAUGGCCUAGUGAUGAUAGAGCAGAUGUGAAGAAUGAUGAGUUGAGAGCGAAGACUCGGGUUGGUGUUGUGCCUACUUGGGUCACUUAUGGAGCACCAGUCCCGAGCCCAGAUAAUAAGCUGUCCAAGGCAAGCAAAACGAUCUUGGCGGUAUCUGAGUGGCACUGAUGAAUUAAUAGGUCCCUGGAUACCUAGUGGAUUUUGUGAAGCGUGAGAAUACGGUUGGGGAGCAAAACGCUCAUAUUGCCAUCACGGGUUCCAAGUGAGGCCGGUCCUGAUCCAACAACCAUAAUCCAUUGCAGAGGUUUACCUCAUCUUCCAUGAUUGUGACACCUCCUGAUUCCC